AUGUCCAAUAACUGCUGCUCAGAAGCCUGCAGCUCCUCUUCUCUGAGAAACUCUGGUCAUGUUCCUGCCUCCUCACCCACUGGCCUUUGUUCCACUGAGAUGAGGUGUAGAGAAGCCCCUCGCUCUCCUACCAGCAGCCUGGGCAGCAACACACCAUGUGACAACUGCCAUGAGCCCUGCGGUGAACACAGGAACUGCCAAUCGACCAGCUGCAGCAGGAACACUAGCAGCCCUUCAGUUGGCUCUCCAGUUACUUCAGGGGUAUCUGGAUCCCAGGAGGGAAAUAGCUGUCUUCCUGUCUCAUCCUGCAGUUCCAGCUGUGGCCGUGCAAGAUCCUGUAGAAAACCUUUGCGUUGCUACCUUCCACGUUACCAGUCUUAUGGCUGUCAACCCUUGGACUACCUGACCUAUGAUCGUCUACCACUGAGAAACCUGACCUAUGGAUGCCAGCCUUUUAGUUGCAUACCUGACUACUACAGGCCCACAAGCUAUACGUAUGGCAGGUUUCAACCAUACUCCUCUUGCUUGAGUGGUUGCCGUUAUUCGUACUAA